AUGGACAACAUGGAAGACGUCGCAAAUAUUUCUCCAUGCAAAAAAAAUCCAAAAGGAAAAUUCGUUGGCACUGGUCAAAAGAAUAUAAUUAUUAAUGUGUACAAGGAUAAAAUCAAACAACAGCUCGAAAAUCCAGAGAUGCCCAAAUUGUCGUUCAGGGAGCUUAUCGUUAGCAUUUCAAGAACGAAUUGGGCAACGUACAAUUCAAACGACAUUGGGAGAAUAUAA